AUACCGGCUUACGGCUCACGGCUCACGGUUGUUCGCUCGGACGAUCCUGCUCACAGCGUUCGCGGUGCUGCACGGUGUUCGUUCUGUUCCUGCUGACCGAUUAACACCCUCGUCCCUAUUCCAAUUUCUCGCGACAGCGUUUAACGGCGUAUAACGGCGUACUAAGGACAGAAAGAGAUAAAGCAAGAAAGCAAACAUGUGCGACGAGGAAGUUGCCGCGCUCGUAGUCGACAAUGGUUCCGGUAUGUGCAAGGCUGGCUUCGCCGGGGAUGAUGCUCCCCGCGCCGUCUUUCCCUCGAUUGUCGGCAGGCCACGCCACCAGGGUGUCAUGGUUGGUAUGGGACAGAAGGACUCUUACGUCGGUGACGAGGCUCAAUCCAAGAGGGGUAUCUUGACGCUCAAGUAUCCGAUCGAACACGGCAUCGUUACCAACUGGGACGACAUGGAGAAGAUCUGGCAUCACACAUUCUAUAACGAACUGCGAGUAGCUCCGGAAGAACAUCCGGUUCUCCUUACCGAGGCACCUUUGAAUCCCAAGGCUAAUCGCGAAAAGAUGACACAAAUUAUGUUCGAGACGUUCAACACCCCCGCCAUGUACGUGGCGAUUCAAGCUGUACUAUCGCUCUACGCGUCCGGUCGUACCACCGGUAUCGUGCUGGAUUCGGGCGAUGGUGUUUCUCAUACCGUACCGAUUUACGAGGGAUACGCCCUGCCACACGCUAUCCUCCGUUUGGAUUUAGCAGGCCGCGAUUUGACCGACUAUCUCAUGAAGAUUCUCACGGAGAGAGGAUAUUCCUUCACUACUACCGCCGAACGAGAAAUUGUUCGCGACAUCAAGGAGAAACUUUGCUACGUCGCGCUCGACUUUGAACAGGAAAUGGCCACAGCGGCCUCUUCCUCCAGUUUGGAGAAGAGUUACGAGCUUCCCGAUGGUCAGGUCAUCACUAUAGGUAACGAACGAUUCCGUUGCCCCGAGGCUCUCUUCCAACCCUCCUUCCUAGGCAUGGAAGCUUGUGGCAUUCACGAGACUACGUACAACUCGAUCAUGAAGUGCGACGUCGACAUCCGUAAGGAUCUGUAUGCCAAUACUGUUCUAUCCGGCGGUACCACCAUGUAUCCUGGCAUAGCCGACAGAAUGCAAAAGGAGAUCACUGCCUUAGCUCCGUCUACUAUGAAGAUUAAGAUUAUUGCCCCACCCGAGAGGAAAUAUUCUGUAUGGAUCGGUGGAUCGAUUCUCGCCUCGCUUUCUACCUUCCAACAGAUGUGGAUCUCGAAGCAGGAGUACGACGAGUCCGGACCCUCCAUCGUCCACAGGAAGUGCUUCUAAACGCGUUCUCGAUCACAUUUACUAUCAUUCCCCGAUCCCUGAGACUUUGAGAAAUGAGAGAGAGAGAGAGAGAGAGAGAGCGAGAGAGAGAGAGAGAGGGGCUUUUGUCUAUGAAAGCAGGCGGACGUAACAUCAACUUCCGCGACGAUUGCCCUUUGGUUCCUUCGGGGCAAAGGUAGCUUCUUUCAAUUCGGAUGUACGUGUUUAAGAUACGCGUUGAGGUAAACGUCUCCGAUUAAACGAGAGGAGAGACAGAGAGAGAGAGAGAGAGAGAAUGAAAGAAAGAAAGAAAGAAAGAGAGGAGCUUACGAUAUAUCGCCCUCCUUCCGCGAUUGUUCCUCGGUCUUGGCGGUAAUCCAAAAUAAAUCGACGGCUCAUUCUUGCUCGUUUUAAACGUGGCCAUUUUCCAUCGUUUUUCAUCUAUUCGACAUAACGAUCUUAAACAUGUGCCCCGAUUUCUGAAUACCUUUUUCUACCUUAUAGUAUCGAGUCCUUUGUAUUAUAUAUUUGAAUAAAACUUGUGUCUCUAUACGGUAGCAUUUAGCCAAACAUUCCUCCCGAGACAUUCUUCUCUCAAUGCGAGAGUAAAAAAACGCUUCUUUUUUUUGUUAGACUCUCCCGUAAACAUCGUACGCGUAAACCUCGAUUGCCGGUUUUCUUCGAGAAUUCGAGCAAGAAACGUUCACGCGGAUAACUACAAUUUCUGUCGCGGGAAGAACCGUUGAUUGAUGAUACUCUUCUCGUGGAUAGAGACGGCAGAGUUCGGAUAUGAUGGCAAUCAACGUCGAUCAAUGCAUUCCGAUCAUGUACGGUAUUUUUAAGAGAUGCUUGCGUCAAAACUGAACAUACAUUGUACGUCAUUCCGCGCAGAGACGAACCUCUGAGACUUCUUACCUGUUUUCAUUCCGUUUUCCAUUACAAUUUGCCUAUCGUUGAGGGAAAAUAUGGCCUCCCCCCCUCUUUUUUCUUUCUUUUUCCUUUUUUUUUUUACACGAUGGGGUAAACCGCUGAUCCGGAAAGGUUCUACCAACGUUCGCUAAAAUAAACGGAAAAAUGAUAG